CCUUGGGUGGAGGUAGCUGUGCUGAAGGAAUGGAGGACCCCCCUUCAAGCCCAUCCCCUGUGCUCAGGUCUCAAAAUCGUCCUAGAGAUUCCAAGCUGCAAACGGUGAUGGAGACUCCUCUGGAGAAGGCCCUGACCACUAUGGUCACCACUUUCCACAAGUAUUCUGGGAGAGAGGGCAGCAAACUGACCCUGAGUAGGAAGGAGCUUAAGGAGCUUAUCACCAAGGAACUGAGUCUUGGGGAGAAAAUGAAGGAGAGCAGCAUUGAUGACCUGAUGAAAAGCCUGGACAGAAACAGUGACCAGGAGAUCGACUUCAAGGAGUACUCGGUGUUCCUGACCACGCUGUGCAUGGCCUACAACGACUUCUUCUUGGAGGACAACAAAUGACUAGGGGUCCCCGCUGCCCUCAUCACCAGCCCCUUGUCCCUGACCUGUGCAGGGCCUCUUCCAGGCCCUCUUUGGUCUCUGCCCCUCUUUCCCUCCAAGAUGGACCCUUCCAACAGAGGAAAUAAAAAUUUUUCCA